AUGUAUGCCGACAUUAGCCAACCGCCCGCUCCGCUGCCCUCAGCGCCGCUUCAGAGGCUGGCAACUGGCAUCUCGCUGCAGCCGCCGCUGACGAGGCGCGGCUUCGGUCCGGGCCUGAUCAUCCUCACCACGGGGGACGAGUACGACGAGGAGGUGACGCAUCGCGAUGAUGCUCCGACGCCGGUGCUAAAAUGGGCCGAGGAGGGAUACGCGGUGGUCCAGAUUUCCGCCGCCGCGAUUGCAUCGUCCGGCGCUGAAAAGGCCUCCUCCGUGGCCGUGCAGGCUCUGAAUCGCUGCGACGCUUGCAAGCCAAAAGACAAGGUUGGCAUCGUGUGCUAUUCUUCGUCUUUAUGGAACUUGACCGCCCCGGCACUGGACAGCGCCGCUCCCGGCAUCGCAGCAGCAGUCAUCUACGGGGACGACGAGAACACCGAGAGUCUCUCGUCACCCUCCACGGUACCGUCGCUGAGACACAUUGCCGGUGCAGCAGUCAAGGAGCCCAAAGCCCCCAAGCUCGGCGUCAAGGAAUAUCAGUAUCCCACCGUCAAGGGACGCCGGCGAUGGUUCAGCCCCGGCCACGCCGACUUUGACUACUCGGCGGACUCUGUCGCGCACACGCGCAGUCUGCAGUUUCUGAAGCCCAAGAUGGACGGGCCGUUGUUUGAUCUGGAGAGCAUCUGGGAGGAGCACACGUACUACGAGUUUGCCGACCGCUCGGUCGAGCACACGAUGAGCACCAUGGUUCAGGAGCCAUAUGUCAACCACGUACCGACUUUGACUGGUGGGAUUGGAAGGUUGAAGUUGACAGACUUUUACCGGCACAACUUCAUCUUCAACAACUCGGCGGACACGAGCCUGGAGCUUGUAAGCCGGACCAUCGGCAUCGACCGCGUGAUUGAUGAGUUUAUUUUCAAAUUCACCCACGAUCGCGAAAUCGACUGGCUACUCCCCGGCGUGCCGCCCACGCACCGCAAGGCCGAGGUCCCCUUCGUCGCCGUCGUCAACAUCCGCGGCGACCGGCUCUACCACGAGCACAUCGCCUGGGACCAGGGCACCACGCUGCGCCAGCUCGGCCUGAUGCCCGACCACCUGCCCUUCCCCUACCCGGUGGCCGGCGCACCGGACGGCGCCAGGGUUGAGUAUCGCGUCCCGGUGCUCGGGAGGGAGACGGCGGAUAAGUUGCGAGACCGCAAGACGGUGCCUUCGAAUGAAAUGUUUCAGUUCCGGGUGCGGAUAAACGGGGAGUAG